GCUUGUGCUACAUUCUUUUGUCCUAGAGCAUCAAGAAGUUUCGGAGAGGAGUAAAUCCCUGCGGGACUCAACUGAAAUUUGGGAUAUGAAGAUCUGACUGCUCCCGGCUUUCGGACUCCUGGUACGCAAGAUCCUUUUUCUUUUGGAAGGGGUUAACUUUGGGAAAACGCCAAAAUGUAAAGGUAUCACGUGGAGGAGAGAGAGGGUUCGUAACGAAACGAACAGGGGCCAGCUUUCCCUCGCCCUCCCUCCAACGUCACUCGACUCGACAGUCGACACGGUCCUAUGUAGUCCUACCCUCUCUAUCUUUUCCUCUUCCCUCUGUUUCUCCAGAAACUCUGAAAGAAGAGAGCAAUGAGCGAAGAAAACCCUAAGCAAUUAAAGAAGCGAACAGCAUUGGUAAUGGCGUGGGACUUGAAUGUUAAAGCUGCAGUUUCAGAAAAGCUUCUUCAUUUGCUUGGAGACUUCAAUUACAACCCUGAUAGCUUGCGCGUCCUCACUGAGUAUGUUGUCGUGCUUGUUUCUAAUGGCAAGUGCCAGUCUGAAGUAAAAUCUGCGUUGGAGGCGUUUCUUGGUGAUAGUGUCACUGAGUUUGUAUCGUGGCUAUGGGACAUUCUAUCAGAAACUUCCAAUGAUUUAAAUGCGAAUAUGAGCUUGUCAGAUUUGGAGAACAUCACUGGUGCAAGUUCCACUGAGGCUGAUGCUUCUGGCAAGAACCAGUCACAAAAAUGUGGGUCAGAAGCCCCUAAGAGUCAUUGCCAGUUUUCGGUCUUUUCUAACACGUUGGCUGAGGAAACUAAUAAGGAUGCUUCAACGCAUUCUUAUAAAUUUAACAAAAACUUCGGAGAAUUUGAGAAUAAUCGAGACGGGUCCUUAGCUGGCUAUUCAUUUAAAACGAAGCCCUCUGCUGAAAUCCUGGUUGCUGAUGAACAACUUAUGCAAUACGAGAAGGUUCAUGAGAGAAGCCCUCCUUCCAAGCAUUGUCAGGAGACAAAUGUUGGUAGAAGGAGGCUCUUUUCCAAGGCAGCUGGUGCCAUAUUUGUUCAGAAGGGAAUUAAGGGAACCACACGUGGUAAUGUUUGGGACAGAUUGGGAAAGCGGAGUGAAAAUGACACUUCUGUCAAGGUUAAGAAGGUUAAAGCAAAUGAAGGUGAUAAUAUCAAGAAGCAAAUGUUAGAACAGAAUUCGCCAAGGCUUGGUCAAAGUACAUUGAUACCUACUGUUCAGGACAGCAAAAUCAAUGAAAAUGUGUCAGGAAACUGUAAUGUGAAAACUUAUCGAAGCAAUCAUGAUCGAAAGUGGCAAUUAAAUGAUUUUAUUCCUAUUUCUGGUAGCAUUUCAAAUUCUCUGUAUCAUGAAGAAGAAAAAUCUAGAAAAUAUAGAAGACAGGCUGAAAAUUACACUUAUAUGCUGAAAGAGAGUGGUGCUUCAUGUAAAUCAGAAAAGUCAAAAAGUUACAAUAAGUGCUGCACAUCUGUUUUUGAUGCAUCAGUAAGCUCCAGACCAGAAAAAAUAUCUCAAGAGACGUUAAGCAUGGAGGCUCUGGAGUCUACUCAGACACUGAUUUCACAUAGUGCUUGUCCAGCCACCACUGGAGGAACUGGGCCUGUCCAAGCUCAAUUGGUAGAUAUGAAGUUAAGAUUACACCAACUUGAAACAGAAAUUUCCAAGCUAAAAUCAAAUCCAGUAAACAAGGAUGGAAAGCAUGCCUUAUCCUCUAGCUUUGGUUCAGUUGAUCUGCUCAAGGAAGGAGUUGAGUCAAGGACUGUAUCUGUGACAAAUUUAAAACACACUUUAGGUUCAUGUUGCAGCAACUCAAGAUGCUUUGAGAUCUCACUUUGCCAGAUGUGGAGCCAUUAUCAGAGUUAUUAAGUUGACUGACACAUCAACUGUCAAACAGAAAUGGUCUGCAUACAUUACCUUUGCCAACAAGGAGUCAGUGGACAAGGCAUUGGCAUUGAAUGGGACAAAUUUUUUUUCCAGGAUCAUAUGGGUUAGUAAGAAAUUUUAGCUGUACUUCUUUGAUGGUUGGGAUUGGGGAGAUUAAUGUAAUACUCAUAGCCAUUCUAAAUUUGACUAGUUUUGGGUACAUUUUUGCAGCACUAGAAACAUGAAAAGCUUGUUAUUGUAUUAUGAAUAACAAUGCACUGAAUUUGGAACAAGAUUAGGACUUGUUCCUGUCCUCCAUGGACCUAUACUGGCCAUGCAUUGGUUUGUGUUAUUGUGCAGUACAAUUCUCACAUGACAACUCUGCUUGAAGAUGAUUGGGGGAUCUCACUUAUAAGAAAAGAGAAAUCUUCAAAGAAAAAUGGAUCUAGUUUGGAAAAUGUCCACAUAGAUGAGAUUACCCUUGUGUUGUGUGUGUGUCUGCACUUUAUUUUUUUUUAUCAGUUUAUAGUUUUGGGUGAGGAGGGAAUGGAAUCCAGCUUAUAGAGUUAGAGGAUAUAUCGCACUU